AUGUCUGAAUUCCCACUAGGCAUCGCUAUCCCUCAGCGCGGCCCCUCCCCUUCCAACCCCUCCAUCGCUGCCAGUCCCGCAUCCUUCUCUCGGCCCCCUGCUCUGACCCCCUCCUCCCAGUCCUCCAAUCCCUUCGACAACUUCAGUGUCCCCUCUAUCCCACCCCGACUCUCCCGCGUCGGCCGGCGGAUAUCCGAGAUGGGCAUGAGCGUCCUCGUCGGCCCAGACUACGAGGACGAGCCACCCCCUCCGCGUCGAGAAGCGCCUGUGCGCGCAGCCGAAGUGCCGGGCAUGGGCGACGAGCCGAUCAUGUGUCCAUUCUGCAACAAGCCAUUACCGCCUGCCUUUAUCCUUACGCAGAUGGCGCAUACACACGCCAGCUCGCAAGAGAAGAAGCGGACGCAGGAUACACUCUCCCGCAAGUCAUCGGUGUCGAGUCGGCGGCCGUCGGAGAUGGGGCGGUCAGCUUCGGGAUCAGGCGCGGCGCCGAUGGGUAUGACGAGGGUACCGGAGGGGUCUAGGGCGGAGUCGGUCGCGAUGUCUGCGACGGCGAGUGCGCCAAGCUCGGUCGUUCAGGCACGGCGAGCGGCGAGUAGCGGGACUACCACCCCGCCCAGCGGUAUAGCGCUCUCGGCGGCCAAGUCCACUCCGGACCUCAGCAAGACGGAUGCGCUACUGGAAUCUACUCGGCCUAAGCCCGGGGAGGUCCUACCAAAAGCCACCGCCGAGUCGUUACUCCCUACCGUCAAGUCUGCCGAGACCGCCGAUAUCGCCGGGGCAUCGUCCCUGAUCUCGCCGGAAGACGUGCGCAAGUGGUCAACACUCGCAGGUAUCGACAUAUCCACAUCUAGUGGAACUUCCACCCCCAAGAAAGCCGAGAAGGCUAUUCCGGCUCUGCCUCCACCACCUCCCCCUUCGUCCACGGUCGCAGAGAGGAUGAAGCAGUCAGAACGGCCUACGUCUGGGAGCAAAUUCGGCGGGAUCUUCGGGCGGGGAACGAGUAAGGCGAAAGAUGAGGAUAGUGAUGAUGAAGAGGACGGAAGCUAUGGGGCGGCCGGAUAUGCCAAGCUCAACGGGCCACCGAGCCCAGACAGGGACGAGGCACCUUCUUGGAGGGAUAAGGCGCGAAGGGAUGUACCAGGUCGGAUGACCCAGUCCCCCGCAGGCCUGUCGAGAGAUCCCUCUGUCGAACCGGCAAGGGUGGCGGCGAAGGACAAGGUCGCGUCAGAUGAGGAGUUGAGGAAGUUACUGGUAGAGGUGCUCGGAAAGGUCGACUCUAUGUCCAAGAGCCAUGAGGAUUUACUGCACUCGCAUACCACCCUCCUCACCUCGCUCAAGAUCGCCCGGUCCAACCUGGCAAUGGCGGAGGCCAACUCGGAAAUGCUCGAAGAGCAGCUGAAGCGCGCUCCUCCCCCACCGUCCACACGACCUCCAAAUCAGCCACAAGCCAGUACACGGCCUUCCACGCCGUCCAAUGCCCCCGCCACUGCCCCCGUCCCCUCCCGCUCCUCUUCUUCCAUUCCCACCAUCAACAUUCCGGCAAGAAAGUCUCUGGACGAACCUCGUCCUCUCCAGCCCAUGGCGCCUCGCCGAUCCGAGGAGACUCGUCGUGCUCGGCCCACAUCCAUGAUGAUGCCCCCUCCCAACGCGUACAACUCGGGCCCGUCCACCGGUCCCGCAUCCAGCACGUCGCAGAAGGAGUCCAAGGGAAUGUUUGGCUUCCUCGGGGGCGGAAAGACCAAGGUGCCCGGCCUGGGAACGAUCGUCAUCCCCUCUGCCAAGGAGCUUCAAGCCUCGGCGGUACGGUUCGGUGACUCCAUCGCUGGACCGAACAGUCGACCGGGAACACCUUCGCGCGAAGCUGGGCAGUUCUUCGACUACCACGUGCCCUCCCAGUAUGCCCCGGUACAGAAUGAGAACCGGUCAACUCGGUCCGUCUCGGGCGACUCAAUCUCGCGGGUCCCGAGUCCCAUCUCGUCGGCGAAUACAGCUGCUCCACCCGCUUCGUCCCCGCUCUCGGGCUCGUCCCUCCAAUCUCCGCCUACGGUCCGACCCCAGCCGCUUCCUCCUGCUCUGACGGCGGAGCUCGCCAAAUUGCGUACGGCAUACACUACCUCGCAGACCCGGAUGGAGGCGAUGAACAAGGAGCUCACCGAGCUCAAGAAGGGCAAGUUGGAGAUGGAGGCGGAGCUGGAGUCACUCAGUCAGGCGUUGUUUGAGGAGGCCAACAAGAUGGUCUCGGAGGAGCGGAAACGUCGGGCAGAGGUGGAAGAGUCGCUCAAGGAAGUCAAGGAGGAACGAGAAGCUCUUAGAGAGACCAUCAAGGUCUUGGGUGGGCAGGCUGAGAGUGUAGUAGAUGAGGAUGAGAGCAAGGAGGCGGGCGAAACCGUCGAGCACGAGGACGAGGAGGAAGAGAAGAAGGGCGAUGAUUGGCGCCCGAGGGAUCUGGACAAGCAUUACGAGGCGCUCAGGAAGACGAUCCAUCAUGUCGCGGAUGGAACGGCGCCUACUACCGCGUUUGAGGACGCGGUGGCUGGUCCGAGUGGUACGAGUGCACGGGGGAGUACCGAUACGGAGGCGUCGGAUGCGCCGACGGGCAGGAAGGUCAGCUCGGGGAUGGGGGCGGAAGCGAAUCCUUGGGCGGAGAUGAACUUUGGAGCGGUCAUUCCUCCCGGAGCGGGGAUGAGUGCGCGGGAGAGGGAUGAUGUGGAUCCGUUGGCGAAGAUGACGGCCGACGGGUCGGGCAUUAGGGCUGGCGCGGCGGACGAGCUGGCCAGGGGUGGGUAG